AUGGAUUGCACGGAUCCGAAAGAGGUAGCGUCACGCCUCGGGAAUAUUGCGUUCGGCAACGUUAUCGCAGCAGCAGCACGCGAUCUAAAAAAAGAAAAGGAGUUGUCUCAGAAGAAUGCUUCCGCAACUGUAGAGGAUGAUUUCGAUCUCGACGACCUUGCGGAUGACCCUGAGCUUGAAAAACUACACGCUGAACGGCUACAAUCCUUGAUGGCCGAGACCAAGAAGCGCGAAAACCUAAGAAAGAAGGGACACGGGGAGUACCGGGAGAUCACGGAGGAAGAGUUUCUACAAGAGGUUAAGUCAAGCGAACUCGUCCUAUGCCACUUUUAUCACGCCGAGUUCCCUCGUUGCAAGAUCGUUGAUAAGCAUCUGGCCAUCCUGGCACCAAAACAUUUGGAGGCCAAGUUUCUAAAGAUUGACGCAGAGAAAUGCCCUUUUUUUGUGUCCAGAUUAAACAUCAAAGUCCUACCAUGCAUGAUUCUAUUCAGGGAUGCCGUUGCUUUUCAUAGAAUAGUAGGGUUCGAGGCCUUCAGGAAUCGUGACAACUUCUCAACUUCGGAGCUGGAGAACUAUCUGAUUAAGCAAGAGUUCUUGGAGUUAAGGGAAGACGAGGAUGCUGAAGAAGAGGAUGAAAAUAAGGGAAGAAGUAUACGAGCAUCUGCUCUUUCAAGUGGCUAUGAGUAG